UUGUUCAUUUUCAUUCUAUUCUGCUCUGUCUCUCUCUCUCUCCCCUCUCUUCUCUGUUAUCGAGAAGAACGAUAGCACACAGCUCAACGAAAGCAACGUCGCCGUUUCCGAGCUCGUAUUCUCCGCAAGAUCUGUCACCCCGCUCAGCUCGGCCAUGGCGGCUCUGAUUCGACGGCCCUACUGAUCCCCUCCUUCUUCAACCCCUCUCAGCUUUAAAUAAGCUGCUUUUUGCAUACUCGCAUGAUAACAGGAGAAGAGUAACUUCUUUGCAUGUGCUGAAAUAGACCCUCAUAUUACUCGGGUGUUUUAAAGGAUCAAAUGUGCUGAAAGGUCAGUUUGGUUAUUUUACAAACUGGUCAAAGCAGGUGCUUGAGUUCUAUCCAGAUGCAGUCGUCACCUGGAAAGCCCACACUUAAGUUAAUCGUUAAGUUUAAAAAGAAAGAAAAGGAACAAGAGUCAAGCCUACCUGAUAGCUCGGAUGACAUCAAUCAGGAGCCGACAGAUACAUCUACUUCCAUAAGGGAUAGAGAGUCUUGUGAGAACAAAGAGUGUUGUGAUGAAUCAAAUGAGAAGCCUUUGGGUCAGCAGGUUGAUGAUGAAUCAAAAGAGAAUACUUCAGAACAGCCUGUGGAUUAUGAAUCAAAUGAGAAGACUUCAAGACAAUCAGCCGAUGAUGAAUCGAACGAGAAGAAUUUGAAAGAGUCGGUAACUGAUGAAUCAAAUGGGAAGACUUCCAAACAGCCGGUGGAUGAUGAAUCAAAUGAUGACUAUUCAAAGCAACUGGUGGUUUAUGAUCCUUUGAUUAAUGGAGGGGGUCAGAUUGUGCCUGUUCCUGAUCCCUCGGAGUCCCAGCAUUCACCAUUUGUGAGACAUUGUGCAAAUCAACCUCCCAAGGUUUUGCCGUCUGUUGGAGCUUUCACAGUCCAGUGUGCAAACUGCUUUAAAUGGAGGCUCAUACCAACAAAGGAGAAAUAUGAAGAAAUACGUGAACGUAUCCUUCAAGUCCCCUUUUUCUGUGAGACGGUUCGUGAGUGGCGACCCGAUAUAUCAUGUGAUGAUCCCGAGGACAUUUCCCAAGAUGGUAGCAGACUCUGGGCAAUUGACAAGCCUAACAUUGCCCAGCCACCUCCUGGGUGGCAACGGCUUCUAAGGAUUAGAGGCGAAGGGGGCACUAAAUUUGCAGAUGUGUACUAUGUGUCUCCAUCAGGCAAGAGACUUCGUUCAAUGGUUGAGAUACAGAAAUACCUGAUGGAGCACCCAGAGUAUGUGGCAAAUGGAGUGACAAUGUCACAGUUUUCCUUUCAAAUUCCUCGGCCGCUGCAAGAAAAUUAUGUGAGGAAGCGGCCCUCUCGUGGUCAUGUUUCUUAUGAUGGCAGACCUCUUGAUGCUGGUGAAGCAAGACCACUAGCAUGGGCAGCACCCGAGGACUUGACGGAACUGCAACUGGGCAUGCCAGGCUUAUCAUCUUCUUCAUCCUUCGGGAGCUCAUCUCUCGAUCAGUUUCCAAUGCCAAAGAAGAAGAAGAAGAAGAAACCGAAGAAUCCGUUGCGUGAACAAAUGUAUAGUAGCAAUGAACCAUACCAUCAACACAAUUUUGGGCUAGGCGAGCCUGGUCAGUUUUAGAACUAGAAAAUUACAAUCUCUCGAGUUCCUUAAUGCCAGUCUUCAUCUUCGGGUCCCAGUUAGGAGGAAAUACUUUUGAAUGUCUUUCUUGGGGUGAACCGCUUUUGUGGCUUUGAGGGGGGGAAGGGGAAUGGAGGGGCUUCGAGGUGUUGUGGCAAUGGUUGUAUGAUUUUUGGACGUUCAUCGUCAAUAUAUAUAUACACAAGUAGAAGCUGUAUGUGGGUAAUAUUGUAGCAUGUUCAAAUGAACUUUUGCUUGAGAAGUUUGUCUUACUAGUUUUUGAAAUUUAUAUAGUAGCGGGCCUUAUUUCA